AUCAUGUCUCUCAGUUUUACGCACAGAUUAAGCGGAAGUCAGGAUUCAGGGAUGAAAAACCACACGGCCAUAACCACAUUCAUCCUCCUAGGACUGACAGAAGACCCACAACUGCAGAUUCUAAUUUUUAUAUUUCUAUUUAUCAGCUACAUGUUGAGCAUAACUGGAAAUCUGACCAUCAUCAUCCUCACAUUAGUGGAUUCCCACCUUAAAACUGCCAUGUACUUUUUUCUCCAAAAUUUCUCCUUCUUGGAAAUCUCAUUCACCUCUUCCUGCAUUCCAAGAUUUCUAUACAGCUUAUCAACAGGUGACAGGACCAUUACCUAUGAUGCUUGCAUAAGUGAAACAUUUUUUAUAGACCUUUUUGUAAUAACCGGUAUUUUCCUCCUAACCACUAUGUCCUAUGAUCGAUAUGUAGCCAUCUGUAAACCCCUGCACUACAUGACCAUCAUGAACCACAGGGUCUGCCAAAGGUUUGUCUUAGGCUGCUGGAUGAUCACUUUGUUGCUUAUAGUCCCACCUCUCAUCCUGGGACUGGAACUGGAAUUCUAUGAUUCUAAUGUCAUUGACCACUUUAUUUGUGAUGUCAAUUCUAUUCUGAAAAUCUCUUCCACAGAUACAUGGUUCCUAGAACAAAUGGUUCUUAUUUGCUCUGUAGUAAUCUUUGUUAUCACUUUCAUAUGUGUGAUUUUGUCCUACAUAUAUAUUAUCAAAACAAUUCUAAGAAUCCCUUCUGCUCAACAAAGGAAAAAGGCUUUUUCUACUUGUUCUUCCCACAUUAUUGUGGCUUCCAUCACUUAUGGCAGCUGCAUCUUUGUCUAUGUCAAACCUUCAGCAAAAGAUGAAAUGAGCACUAAUAAAGGGGUAACAAUACUAACUACAUCCAUUUCUCCCAUGUUAAAUCCAUUUAUUUAUACCCUGAGGAACAAACAAGUCAAGCAAGCCUUUAAUGAUUUAAUCAAAAGAAUUUUUUUCCUCUCAAAGCAUUAG